AUGUUACUUCGCCGGAUCCGCAAACCUUUGAACCAGACUGACGGAUGCAUUAUGAGCUCACCCGAAUCACACGACAACAGUAGCGACAAUGAACCUUGUUGGCUAUUAAAACUACCACGCGAGAUUCGAGACAUGAUCUGGACUCUAGUUUUGGAACCAACAGUAUUGUUUUCCGUGGACACCCGGCCAAUGUCUCUCCAGCAUGGCUACCGCCUCAAUUACGGCGAGGAGUUUUGUGAUACAGCAGAGUACAUGCAGAAUUAUACCAACUUCCUUUUGCUCAAUAUUGGCGUCGGACCUCCGCCUACGCCUCCCAUAUGCAAAAAAGUGACUUUCGGAACGUUUGCAAUAAAUGGCUACCGCACCGAUGGGGAAGAGCGUCUGGAUAGAACAGCAUAUAUACAGAAACUUUUCGACUUUUACUUCCCCGAAGACGGUGUCGCUCCUCCACCCGGGCCUCCCAGAUGCGAAAAUUUCGAGUUUGAUUGUCAUCCUUACGAAAUCUACAGCUUUCUGGAAACUACGUCGGCGGCAUUUCUCAAGAACAUCAGGUCUAUUGUUUUGGGAGAGCAUCUGGUCUCGGAUGACCUCGACUUUUUCUCCGAAUAUUGUCAGACGAAACUCACACUUGAAGCGGCCGAACCGUUCAGGAGCGUCAGUCAGUUGCCCCCGUACGGCCUGGGUCUAAAUCGCGUGUACCCUUACGCUACCCCCGACCUUGAGAUUGACUACCACAAGUACAAGAAGUCGCGUAUCAUCCAGCUUCUUGACUCUCAACUCCCGUGCCUAAAGGAAGUUGCAUUGUGUGCACUAUUAGACGAGUUGCACGGCUUCUUCUACCCGAUCGUCGUUCCGAAUUUCCUCAGGAUGCUGAUUGCUGGAAGGAUAGACAACUUGCAGCUUUUAUACGACUACAGCGGUGAUUGGGAGCCUCCCAUCUUAAGCGAGCGCCGGGAUAUGGCGGCAUUCUUCGUGGAGAAGAUAAAUAAGUUUGACUUAAGCCCUGAGAUCCAGAGCGUCUUUCCAGACGAAGUCAGCCAUUUUUGUCUGAAAGAAACAAGAACCGAGGGCCUCACCUGGUGGUGCGAAGCGGAAGUUAAUUGCAACGAUAGGGAUUCGGAAACUAGGUUGCAGGAAAAUCCUGCUCCAGAGGUUCAGACUGUCAUUGAUAUACGCAGGGUGUUGUUGUCGGAGGAACAUGAUGACAGUGUGAAGCGUUCUAGGGAAAAGACAGCAAAUAAAUUGCGACGUUCGGAACGGAUAUCAAAAAGAGAGAGACUGUUGGAUGCCGAUAAAACUGGUUGA